AUUAGAUAUGAAAGUGAAAGCAUUAGUUGCCUUCAAAUCCAAGCUUUUCAGUCCAUGUAAAAAACUAUUUCGAACCUUCAGAUUCAAACUAAGAAAACCUGUCUUUAUAAAAGCUCUUCGCUUUCAUGCUCGUCGAAACAAGACCAGAAAUGCUCCUUCAAAGAAUCAAAUUUUAACUACAUUACUUUCAGCUUUCAACCUGCGACGAAAGCUGUCAACGGAGAUGGACAGAGUUGCGGAGCUUAGGAGUGUCUCUGAAGCAAGGCAUGAGAGAAAGCUCUUUCCAUCCCCUCUUACACCGGCUUAUAUCAAGGCCAGCAGGACCUCAAUGAGCAAAGCUUUUGGUAGUGAAGAUGUUGAAGAUGCAUGCGGAAGUUUUGAGAACUAUCUGGUGGAAAUGAUAGUUGAAGAAGGAAAAGUGAGGGAUUUGAUGGAUGUUGAAGAGCUUUUGUAUUGUUGGAAGAAUCUCAAGUGCCCUGUCUUCAUUGAUUUAGUAUGUAGAUUCUAUGGAGAGCUAUGCAAGGACCUAUUUUUGCCUGAGGAUGACAAUAACAACGAUAUUCCAAUUGAUUCUGCAGAUAUACUUGUUUCCAACCACACUGCAUAAAAGCAAAAAGAGAGACAGAGAGAGACAAACAAAAGAAAAUAUUCCUUUUUUUAGUUAAUUAGGCUCCAAUUGGAGGGGGUUUGAACUUGCAAAAAGGCCUUAUUGUAAUAUCUCUUUGUUAGAACAUUGUAAUACAGGUAGGAAAUGGAAGGAAUGGAAGGAAUAAAGCCAAUUUGGAAAGGUUAGCUCA